UUAAGCUGAUGGCAUGAUGUUCUUUCGAGCGGGGGCACCGACUUGGCUUAUCAAUCACCAACAGCCUUUGUGCCUGUUCGGAUUUGCGUUCAGAAUCAAUUAUUUGCCUUCAGACUUUGUGGUAACUCUCUACCCUUCGCCAGAGACACAACUGCCGCCACGCACCACCGUAGCCAGACGAUUCAUUUUUCUUUGUCGACGAACAAGCAUUCCCCGCUUGGUCGACCUCGCCGUCCGACGCCGUCCACCGUUAUCAGCCCUGCGUAGUUAUCCUCGGCAAGCAUUGAAGGAGAUCUCUCUUCGAUUUGGUUAUGGAGAUGAAGGAUUUGGAAUUUAGCCACAGACCUUCAACCACUCCAACUCCGUGGCAUAUCACACAAUCCGGUAGCAGUGGAGUCUGUCUGAUGAGAAACUCUUGGAAAGAGGAACAACACGCGUCUUUCAUCAAUUUUAUCUCCACUUUCCUCAGCACAAAUUCUUUUCGCCUUAAUAUUGUCCUUAUUGCCCCGGACUUUAUCUUCAAUUGUGGGGGUUUGUCUGUUGCCUUCAUUUUUGUGACAACUUGGGAUCACAACAAUGUGUCUCCAAUCUUCUGCCGGUGAUGAGUCUGCAAAACUAGGAUUUUUUUACCUUGGGUUUCUCUAAUAGUUUAGAGCUACAUGUCUGAUUUCUCAUGCAGAAUUCAGAAACUCAAGAUGCAAUUCGCACGUUUUUAUGUCGUCAUCAUCCUCCCAGCAAAGGAGCAAAUGGAAUCAUUUUUUCGAGCAUACUUCGAGUUCGAUAUGGUGAUUGGCAAGCCAACUUUUGUGCCGGUUCAAGACCUGGAGAUGGGCUUUGAAAAGAUGGUCAAAAUAGCUCAUUCUUCGGGGGUAUGCAAGCAGCAGAAAAUUAGAGAUAAAUUAAAGGCUGAGAGGAGGCAAUUAGUGCAAGGAAUGGAUCAAUACCUUAAAGUGAUUACAUCCAUUCCUGGCAUUGACAAUCAUGAUGCAAACGCGCUUUGUCAAGCCGUUGGUUCUGUCCAAGCAGUUGCCAAAGCAUCAAAAGAGCAAAUUGUAGAGAACACGGAUCUUGCAACUGAUAAGGCCGAGAUAAUUUCCAGGUUUUUUAGGGACCCAACAUUUUACUCCAGUCCCAAAGUUAACUGACGUCGCAACAACUACGGACUUAAAGAAGGAUCACGUGGUCAUCUGUCAACUCAAAUAUCUAGACUUUUGCCGAUCAUAAUUCAAAGAUUCCACUUGUUGGCUGGCAACAUUCAUAAGCAGGAUAGCAUCUUUUCAUAACGUUUUGCCCCAAUUGACCAAGCAGCGCCACGUUGUUCUUGAAUCUUAAUUUGAAAAAUGAUGGUUGGAUGAAAUUUCGCUUUAAUUCGCAUUUGACAG